AAUAUCCACGGGAGGACUAUUUCAAAUUUCGAAGGCAAGGUUCUUUCUCACUUAAAUUUCACUCACAAUUCUUCCCUCUUCCUCCGUUUAUUUCUUAUCAAUACUACUAUGACAUUGAAAACCUUAUAUCUCCUCCUGCUACUCUGCGCCUAUGUGCUCACUAUUCCAACUCUCUCGCUCGCCACCGCCGCCUAUCCCACUGUCCCAGGCACCGACGCCGCCGACUGCUCUCUCUCCGAUGGGCAUAUUUCUCUCACCCCUACUCGACGGGAAGUGUACGGGAAUGGAAGGAUCUUCGAUAUCAGUCACCGGCUUCGUACGGACAUGCCGGCGUUUGAUUCAAGUGAAGGGGUUGGCCAGUUCCUCUGGCUUCCCAAGAGCAUGAAGAAUGGCUCCAUCGCCAACAGCUCUGAGAUGAAGCUUCCUGCUCAUACUGGGACCCACGUCGAUGCUCCCGGACACGUUUUCGAUCACUACUUCGAUGCUGGGUUCGAUGUUGACACACUUGAUUUGGAAGUUCUUAAUGGUCCAGGAUUGUUGGUUGAUGUUCCAAGGGACAAGAAUAUAACUGCUGAAGUUAUGAAGUCGUUAAAUAUUCCUAAGGGGGUUCGCCGCGUGCUUUUCAGAACAGUAAAUACUGACAAACGACUUAUGUUUAAAAAGGAGUUUGACUCAAGCUACACGGGAUUUAUGAGGGAUGGAGCAAAAUGGUUGGUGGAGAAUACAGAUGUAAAACUUGUUGGAGUUGAUUACUUAUCUGUUGCCGCCUAUGAUGAUUUGAUUCCUGCUCAUCUUGUUUUUCUAGAAGGAAGGGUAAGAAAAAGUUUAAUGAAUCAUGCAGAAAUCAUUCUUGUGGAAGGACUAAAACUUGAUGAUAUUCAGCUAGGAAUUUAUUCUAUUCACUGUUUGCCACUAAGAUUGAAAGGAGCAGAGGGAUCACCCAUAAGAUGCAUUCUCAUCAAAUGAUGUGUUUUCCCAGAACCAAACGGGCUUGGAAGCUGAAUAUUCCACUUUGUUUCUACCGUUUCUUUUCACAUGUAUAAAAAUAAGAUUGGUUUGAUGGAUACUAUCAGCUAGAAUAAUCUUAGGCAGUUUGUAUCGUUGAUCAGUGACAUAUUUUGCGAACAAGUAUCAAAGCUAUGUAUGACUUAUAAUGAACAUUUUUGUGCAAUGCAUUCUGCGCUGAGAAAAUAUCGCUUUUGUUA